AACAAUCGAUAGGCAGUAUUUGUGUAUUGGAAACGCGGCUUAACUUAGUGCAGAUUUUUCCGCUGAUUCGGCUGCAAAAGAUGCACUUUUGAGGCGCAGCGAGUGCACCCACGCCCCCGAGUUCGAGUGCAGUUGCAGUCGGGAAAGUUUGAAAAGUGCGCGGAGCAAGGAGAGCGACGAGUUCGUUGAGCUACAGCGAAACGGAAAAGUGGCAAAAGCGGGGGAAACAGGCGCAGCGGAGCGAAUGAUAAACGGAAAUCGGGAUCGAAAAAUUGGAAACAAAACCAACCACCGAUUAUAAAAAAGGCAGCAUCUCAAAAACGGGGAUAAUGGAGUCACAGAAGCGGCCGUCGUUGGAUUUACACACGGAUAUGCCAGCAGGAUCGGCAGCUGGAGGAUCUGGGCUGGGAGCUGCAGCUGAGAUGUCGCCCACUUCCGGAUUCCUGCCGGACAUGCCGCAGUGGAAGAAGGACCUCAUCCAGCGCCGAAAGACGAACGUGGCCCGCACCCAGGCGGCGUCCAUCACCUCGCCCACCGAUGGCAGUUGUGGGGCUUUGGCAGAAGCCACUGCCGCUCCAGGUGCAAUUGCAGAUUCCAUGGAACCGGCGACAAUCAGUAGCACUAGUCAAAAGAGAAACAUGAUCGGUUCAGAGGAAAAGUCUGAGAAAUCUUCUAUUUCCAAUACCAAUUCCGACUCCACUGGAGGUCAUCACUCUGUUGUUGCCGUCUCCCUUUCGCCCGAAGCGGCAGCAACAACAAAUGUAACAGUAACACCAAUACCAAAGCAGCGAUCGAGUUUACUCAACACAAGAAGUCAGGAAAGGGAGAUGGUGCGAUAUAUUCUAAGCGAGAGCGGAGAGCGUGAUGGAGAGCCAGAGAGUAGCGAACAGCCGGCUGGUGUGGUGAGUAGCAGCCGGUGCGGUGAAGUUGAAACUGGCACAAUUGGAUCGCCGUCGUCGUCAGCAAAUCAAAAUCCAAACCCAAAUCAUUUAAAAACGAAAUGCAAACCGGGACAGAGCGUUGCUGAGGGCAAGCCUUCAGCGAAAGAGACCAUCGUCGAUAACAGCAAGAGCUGCAGCAAAACCAAGAAUAUUUCCGAUAAAUUGCAGAGCAACAAGUUUAUAAUUCAACAGCAGCAGCAGCAACAACAACAACAGCAGCAUCAGCAACAACAGCAACUGUCGCCCACAAAGGUAACGGUAAAACCGACAAUGGUCGCCAUGCAAGAGAUGAAGAAGACAACCAAACAAAAUGGCCAGCACCGACAUCUAGCGGGCAAAAUUGGCAGCGUAGCAGGAGGCGAUGUGGAUCCACAACAUCCACCGACGAAUCCCAUACCAGAUUCAUUGGACACCGGUGAGGAUCUAAGCUACGGACCCGGAAUUGUGUCCAAACUGCGAUGCCGCUACUUGAGCCUGGCCCUUCGCGAGUCCCGCCAGCAGAGCAGCAAACAACGCCUCCAACGCUCCACCAGUCUGAACACCCUGCUCGACCGCGACGAUGAUGAGGUAGAAGUGGAGGAGCCCGAGGUGGCCCCCAGCCAGGUGCGUGCCAAAUCCACACCGCCACCGAUAUUGGGGGCAAAACCGACACCGAAACCCAGCAGCCAGCAGCAGCGUCCCGUCAGCCUGGGCGCCAAUGGCGCUGGAUCAGCUGUUAACCCGCCCUCAAAUUUGGAUCAUGCCCAACCGGGCGUCGUUGCCAAUGGAGGCGCCGGAUCUGGCCAACGAUCGCGUCACUUUAAACGCGGCAACGAGGUGAUGAAGCGGGCACGUUCCGUGGAGGCUCUGCUCUGCGAGAAAUCGCCAUGGAACAGCCAGAGAAUCAGCACUGCCGGCGCAGCAGCAGCAGCAGCGCCUUCACCACCUGCUCCCAAGGCCACAGCCACUGCUCCCUCACCUGUUACCUCGCCCACCUGCGUCACCAUCGAGGAUAAGAUCCACAAUGCCCGCGAACGGUUGCACAGCGGCACGGACACGGCGCCACCCAAGCGCCUGACCUCCAUCAUCGAUGACACCGAGCGGCCGCCACCGGAUCUGGUCAAGCAGACGCUCAAGAUGUUCGAGGCGAGUGCCAAUCGGCGUCCACGCGCCGCCCAUCGUUCCAAUGGCGUGGGCGGAGUGGCCAGCAAGGUGGCCAACUACAAAUCGAUCAUUAAGGAUCAGAAGCAACCAUCAUCAGCAGCGGCGACGCCACCGCCGCCCGGCAUGGGCUUUGCCUCCUCCACGCCGCUAAGACAUGUCCAUCCGGAUAUUAUACCCCGUCAGGUGGAUUCGCCCGUAUCGGCGUUGAGUGUGAUGAUGCGUCGCAUGGAGCUGCAGGAGCCGGAGACGCCGGAAAGGGAGACACGGGACGCGGAGGCCACACCGCAGAGCGAGGCGCCAAGUGAGACUGAGCGAAAUGAUCGCGAUGAAGGCGAUGGCGAAGUCGAUGACGACAACCACAACAACAACGACGACGAUCACGACGACGGCGACGACAGCAGCGACAACAAUGAGCAACGCGAUAAAAUGGGCGCGGCGUCGGCCGUGGCAGGCGGCGAUAAGCCUAAGUCCCCAGCGGAAUCGGCAGCGGGAGGCGCCCAACGAUCAUUCGCUCCCUCGACGGAGAACGCGCAUGUAGCCAGCGGGAGUAGCAGUACCAGUGCCAGUGCCAGUGUACGCAAGCUCAGCAACAACAACGAUUCCAGCGGACCAGCAGUGACCAAACAGAUCGGAGUUAUACGUCCACUAUUCAAUAGCCAGGGAGCUGGGAGCACGCCGCUAACGAGUCGCGAGAUCGAAAAGAAUCGCAUCAAUGAGAUGAAGAAGUCGACGGCCACAGAAGCCGGUGGUGCGGUAACCGGGUCCGGAUCCGGAUCAGGUGCUGGCGCUGGAUCAGGAACCUCGCCCACCACUAGUCUCGACAGCGUGAUAAACACCAAGGAUGCGGCCAGCAACGAAACGGAGGCGAGUGCCUCGCCACUGUGGACACUGCGCAAGCUGAGGAAUCAGAGCCAGGCGGCCGGUGGAGGAUCGGGUCCCAGUUCCAGCCUUCAUUCCACAGAGAACACCUCGAUGGUGUUCAACUUUUCCAAGAGCACCAAGGAAGUGCCCGACUACAUCGAAAGCGACGUUGUGAUUUUCAGGCGCAAGCGGGAGCUGCCAAAGCCAAACGAACCUGGCUUCGUGCUGCUGGGCGAUCUCUCCGUGGAGACGUCAACGGACACGGACUAUGACGACUACUCCAUGUGCCCGCCAUCGCCAUGCGAUGUGGAGUUCGAGAAUGCCAACAUUGUGAUCGACGGCAAGUCCAGCAUACGCCAAAAACCCAAAGAGUCUUCGUUCCGCGUGCAGUUCAACGACACGCUGACGUCGACGUUUGAAUACCCCUCCGAGGCAUCGAUGACCAUCGAGGAUCCGCCGUACGCCGAUCCAUUUGGCCAUGUGAGCAAACACCACCAGAUGCUGCUCGCCGAGCAGAUGCACCUGUUGCAGCACCAGGAGCAACUGGAGCUGGAGCAAAUGCACCAGCUGGGGCUGGUGCCGGAGCAGCAUCAUCAUGUGACCGUCGACGAGAUCAUCGAGCUGCCCACAUCGACGGCGGGACAUGGACAUGGACAUGGCAUCGGACUUGGUCACAGGGCGGGGGCGGCGGGGGGCGGCACGAUGCUGGGGAAUUUACCGUUGGAUUACCCAAGUUUAGGGAGGGGUAUUAUCUUGCCACAGUCGCCACAACAGCAGCCACCACAGCAGCAGCAGCAGCAGCAGCCGCAGCAGCCAGAACCUGCAAUAGCCACAUCAGCAGCAGCAACGCUGGCAGCAGUGGCAGGAUCAGCAGUGGCAAUGCCAACAGAAGUGGAUGUCGAGCCACCACCAGUGGCACCACCAGCCACAGUCGCCAAGCGCCCCGAGCUCCCGGCGAAGCCAGCACAGCAGCAACAGCAACAGCAGGCGGCGCGUAGGGCCAGGCCAUCGGUGCUGCUGAAACCGCAGUACGCCUGCUUCCUUCGGCAUGACGAUGAUGCACCCAAAUCCCAGCCAGCUGCUGCUGCACGACCGCGCAAGGCAGCCUCGUUUUCAUUGGGCGGCAAUCAGCAACGCCAGUCGAAGGAGAAGCAGCAGGAGCAGCAGCAGGAGCAGCAGCAGUCGCCUCAUCAUCAUUACCAGUCACAGUCACAGCCACAGCAUCAGCAGAGUAAAUAUGAACGAAGCGAUUGCAGCAGGAGUCGGAGCAGUGGCGAGAGUCCAGCUCCAGAACUCCAGCAGCGACGUCGUCGGCCUAGUCUGCCGUCGUCGCUGGCUUUGUCCAAUGCCAGCUCGGCCCUGCUCCAGGCACGCAUUCCAGGCACCACGCUCUACUAUGUCUGAUGGCCUGGCCUGGGCCACCCGAUAUGAAUAGCACUAGUCUCCAAACUCCAAACUCCAAACACCAAACACCAAACUCCAGAUAAGCAGAUAACCAGAUAUCCAGAUAACCAGAUAACCAGAACUCCAACUCCGAACCGAUCUGAAAGCGCCAGCGAAACAUAUUAUUUAAAUGUAACAGAAAAUACAUAAGCAAAGCGUUGAAAUAAUAUCUAUUGUAUACCAAAACCAAAAACAAAUAUCUAUGAUAACAAACAAGCAAAGGCAAUUAAACCGAUCCGUAAACUGAA